AUGUCAGAUGGUGACAGACAGGACCGAGGAGUAGUAUAUGAAACUGAGGAUGUUGCUCCAAUUCACCUGAUGGCGCGAGAGGUGAAUGACACCGAGUCACCUGGAGUCGCCAGUGAGGACUACAAUUACCAGCCAGGAGCAGAGUCGUUCCAGCUUUAUUCCAGUAGACAGACAGGCAGACAGACAGACAGGCUGACUGAACCAAAUCCGAUCAACUCCCUUGGUGAAGGUGAAAAGCAGAGUACCCUGCAAUGGGAGAAACAUCUCUAUGCCAGAGAUUUUAAAAGGGAAGGCGACUGCCGCUCCCUCUCAGAAGUCCCAGAGGCCUCUCAGAGGCAGAACGCCACUUUCCCCAUUUUGAGCAGCAACUUUUGGUCGGAAGGAAACAAAAUAGACAGUGAGGUUUACCUCCGGUUCAGACGCCCGGAUCAGGAACCCGAAUCGUCUAUGUGGCCCUUUAGGAUUAUCACGUCUCACCAACGCCUGGAGGAUCAUGGAGGAGCGUCAAGAGACCUGACCUCCUUCUCAGGAAGAGAAGACAAGGAGGCUUUUCUCCUGGAGAAGAAUAUUUUCCUUUGUGCUCACAAAGCAAACGCUCCUAAAAGAGAAGAAGAAGAAGAAGCAAAAGAAGAAGAAGAAGAAGAAGAAGAAGAAGAAGAAGAAGAGGAAGAAGAAGAAUUAAAACAAAUGUUAAAUGAAAAUUAUUCUUCCUGCAUGAACAAGACCACCUACAAGCACCGUUCCCUCCUCCUGAGCCUGCAGAAUGGCUGCCAGUGUGAACGCAACCUGGCCAUCCACAGAAAGCCCACGCUGGAAAAACUAGGGGAAAGGAAGCAAGAUAUAGAUCUGCCUAUUCAAAAGGUUUCUUAUCUGAUUAUGUGCCGGUCGGGGAGUAGAGGGGAGCGGAGGACUCCCAGAUUUGAAAAGUGUAGCUCCGAGAAAAUUUUGCUGAACCUUAUCUGCUGCCGUGAGGAACUAGAACGCCUGGUGCUUUUCCAGCUGAACCAGAAGAGAAAGGAAAUAAAAGAAAUCACAGUGGAAUUCGAGAUCGACACCGACCCUCAAAUCCAGCAGAAGGACGAUUACCGCAGUUAG